UACCUGAAAGUGUUUGUAAGCAACAAGAAGAUCGAGAAACCAGCACAAAUCUUGCCGAUCAAACAGGUAGUCAGCACCAAUCCGGCCAUCGCGGCCGACCAGGGAAGUCCGACGAGAAUGACGUUCAUUGACGUGUACUUGCACGAGGCGACUGACUACAGCGGCAAAAAUAACCACGUGACCGAGAACUACGACAAGCGAAUCGUCGGCGAUGACAAAACAGUGACCAGAUAUCCGGUAGAUGACGCGCUCGUGCAGCGAAUGUGUUUGGACAUCGCAUCCGCGGUGCAUCGGCAGAUCAGUGAACAGACGAUGUGUGCCAUUGUGUCUGAUACCACCGCGUCUGGGACCACCACGCACCGGAAGUCGGAGCAGCAGAAGAAGAAACAGCAGCAGAAACAAGAGCAUCAGCAGCAGAAGCAAGAGCAGCAACAGCAAAAGCAGCAGCUCCAGCAGAAAAAGCAGCAGCAGCAGCAGCGAAAGCAGCAGCAGCAGCAGCAAAAGCAGCAUCACAAGCAGCAGCAGAAGGAUCAGCAGCACGAGCAUCUGCACAAGCAGCAGGAGCACAGGCAGCAGGAGCACAGGCAGCAGCAGCAGAAGGAGCAGCAGAAGCCACAGAAGCGGCGGAGGCAUUCGUUCCCGAAGGUGUCGCCGCAUCCGGUUCGUUACAUCGAGCGCAAGGAGUCGGGCAUCGUCACUACCGGACCGGAAGACCGGUAUAGCAACGACCCGACUGUUGCGCAAGUGACCAGCGUCGGCGUGGUCGAGGAGGACGUGGACGACAACAGGCAGGACGAGGACGUGGAGCAGUCUGGCAAAGUGUGGGAAGUGAACAUGGUCGACGAUCACGUCAUGUUCAAUUCGGCAAAAAGCCACGAGCAACGGCCGGAAGCGUUCACCGCCGCCGCCGCCGCCACCACCGUUGCCGACGAUUAUGACGAUAGCAACCAGACUUCGUAG